UCAAGCGCCAGGGAAAAGGGAGGGAGGGGGUGGAGUCCUGGGGGCCCCUUUCUUCGUCUUCGUCUUCUUCCCUCCCCCCCCCCUCUCUCUCUCUCCUCCCCGUCCUUUCCCUCCAGCCAGUCGGCAGCGUCUGCGCCUUUGAACUCGAGCGCGCUAUAAAUAGCCCCGAGGGCCGGCGAGGCGGCUUUCCCGCUCUUUGCUCGCCAUGGCGUGCCUGGACCGCUGCCGCUGCUGCACUGACCACCGGCGCCACGGCAGCAUCCUCUACAACAUCCUCAAGAGCCAAGAGCACCGCCACCACCACCACCAGCAGGAGGAGAAGGAGGAGGCGGCCAGUGGCGGAGAAGCGUUGGCGGGGCCUCCUCCGCCGCCCCUCCUGCCCCCUCCGCUCCUCCUGAAGCCAGGGGUCGGGGCGCCGGGCUGCUCCUGCGGGGCCGGGCGGCGGGUGGCCCUGCGGAGCCCCCAGGCGGCGUGCAAGGCGGCCUCGGCGGUGCUGGUGAAGACGCUGCGCUUCGUGAAGAGCGUGCCCUGCUUCCAGGAGCUGCCGCUCGACGAGCAGCUGGUCCUGGUGCGCAGCUGCUGGGCGCCGCUCCUGGCGCUCGGCCUGGCCCAGGACCGCGUCCACUUCGAGACCGUGGAGAGCGCCCGGCCCAGCAUGCUCCAGCGCAUCCUCACCACCCAGCGGCGCCCCGAGGAAGAGCCCGGGCAGGGCCAAGAGGACGACGACGAUGACGACGAGGAGGACGAGGAGGAGGAGGAGGAGCGCCGCCGCGAGCCGCGAGAGCCCCGCUGCCCAGCCGACAGCCGCAGCCGCCCCCAGCUGCCCUCGGCCGGAGAGAUUCAAGCCAUCCAAGGCUUCCUGGCCAAGUGCUGGAGCCUGGACAUCAGCACCAAGGAGUACGCCUACCUCAAGGGCACCGUGCUCUUCAACCCGGAUCUACCAGGGCUGCACUGUGUACAGUACAUCCAGGGACUGCAGCAAGAAGCACAGCAAGCUCUAAAUGAACAUGUCAGACUGAUUCACAGAGGAGAUGAGGCCAGAUUUGCUAAACUUAAUGUAGCUUUGUCCAUGCUCAGAUCCAUCAAUGCCAAUGUUAUUGCAGAACUAUUCUUCAGACCUAUCAUUGGAACAGUAAAUAUGGAUGACAUGCUGUUGGAGAUGCUUUGUGCGAAAUUAUGAAGUUCAGUGUUAAUAUAAGAUUAUAGCUAUUUUAACAGACCAAUCCAACAAUGAAACAUCUUACAAGAUAAUAGUGUAAAUUAUUGUAAAAUAAACUAACUUAUUGUUUUUA